AUUCAGCGUCAAAUCGGAGCUCCUUCCCUCCUGAACAAAACUGUUAAAUUAGAUAAAACUGUGGAUUGAGGUCUAUAUAAGCAGCUGUGGCUGACAGACGCUGAGCAUGAUUGUGAUAGAUAAUGUUGGUUCGUCUGAAGCAGAACCUCCUCUCAGAAGACGCUGGCUUUGUCUCCUGCUUCUCCUGGUCCUUAUUUACGGUUCCCACGCUCCUCUCAUCUCCCUCACCAUAGUUGACGGCCGCGUUCCCUUCAGCCCGUCGUCAUGUGUGCUUCUGAUCGAGUUCAUCAAGCUCGUGCUUUCCUUCGCGGCUCUGGUGGCAUCUGGAAAUCUAUCCGGCCUCAAAAUAUCAGCGUGGACGGUGGCGCCGUACGCUGUUCCUGCGCUUCUCUACGCUUUCAACAACAACCUAGUGGUGUUCAUGCAAGCCUACAUGGAUCCCAGCUCCUUCCAAGUGCUCAGUAACCUAAAAAUCGCGUCCACCGCGCUCCUCUACACGGCCUGCUUGGGAAAGCGGCUGCGACUGGGGCAGUGGCUCGCUCUGGGGAUGCUCGUGGCUGCCGGUGUUUGUCACAACUACUCCGGUUUGGAUUGGGAAGCGUCAGACGAAUCCGCCGUCAGGCUCCGCAUCACGUCCUGGGGUCUGCUGUUGGUGCUUGUCUACUGUUUCAUCUCAGGUUUGGCCGCCGUUUACACCGAACGGGUGCUGAAAACCCAGCGUCUGCCUUUGAGUCUUCAGAACUUGUUCUUGUACGUCUUCGGCGUGGGAAUCAAUCUGGCGUCGCAUCUCUCUGGCGGCGGGCAGCAGGGGUUUUUUGAGGGUUUCUCUGCCCUCGUUUGGCUCAUUAUCGCGGGACAGGCUGCUAACGGGCUCCUCAUGUCUGUCAUCAUGAAACACGGAACGGGAAUCACGCGGCUGUUCGUCAUCUCCUCUUCUGUGCUGGUGAAUGGAGUGUUGUCAUGGGGGAUUCUGGGAAUACAGCUCACAUCUUACUUCCUGUUUCCUGUGGUGCUGAUUGGAUGGGCCGUGUACCUGUAUUACAGGUAGAUCGGACGCCACUGAAGAUGACUUUAUUGCUUUUUUAUUACUCUUUUUAAGUAGUGAAGCGCAGCGUUUCUCUAAUAGUUUAGUGUCUGUCUCCUGUUGUUUAUUUUCUCAACAUGUGCCCUCAGAUAUCUCUGUCUUCUGCCUUUGUCCUCUUUCUAGAAGUGCGUCUUACCGUGAAUGACCAUCAUCUCAUCAAGACUGAAUGUCUGCUGAUUUAUUUUUUUAUUUUUUUUCAUAUGCAGUAUUUUAUUUUCAAAGUAAAUGUUGAAAUGAAUGGUACAGCACACAUAUUUAAGGCAUAUUUAUGC